UUGCAUCGCUCAUUAUUUUUUAAAGUGGGUUUUAAUCGUAAAUUAUAACUGGCUGAAUGAGAUAAAUCAAAGUCAGGACCAUCAUGUCCUUAGGCUGUCGCAUAUGCCAUCGAACGGAGGUGGACAGAUUGAUUUCCAUCUCUCGUACGGUCAGCGAACAGCAGAAGCUAAUAUCCGACAUGCUGACUGAUGUUAGCGGUUCGAAGAUGGAAGAACCCGACAGUUUACCUCAACACGUGUGCAACGCGUGCUUCGGACAGUUGGAUCAAACGUACUCCUUGCGGAUGGUAUGCCGUCGUGCUUUGCGAAUGAUGUUACUGAAUCCGGUGGGAGGAACUAUAAGCAGGUGUCUCAUAUGUUGCGCAUCGAACGACGAAAAGAUGCUGAUUGCCAUCGAUCGCGUUUAUGAGAGGCGGAAGAUGAAGAUAAGCGACAUGAUUGAGUAUUUGAUUGGCGAGCUGAUCAAUGAUCGCUCGCCAAAGUACGCAUGUAGUAGCUGUUCAAUCAAGUUGGAUUUGGCGUACGAAUUCAAGCGAAACUGCCUCAAAUCGGAGUUGAAAUGGUUGCAAAAAGCAUCUUACCCAUGGGAAAGGAUGGAGGUAGACGGUAGCAAUCCGGAGCACUUGAUAAUCGAUGUAUACGCAGAGGUGGUGCAAUGUGGCGCAGGAAAAGCGCAAUGCUCGAUUUGCCUGCUGACCAUUGACUUGGACCAGCUUGGUAAAAAAUGCGAAGGUUGUAAGUUGGAGUUUCGAAAAUGUGAUACGAUGCAAGCGAACACAGGUCCUUCACCUGCUGAAGAAAGUAGUGCAUUGGAGAGGGACUGUGUCGGAGAAGAGGAAAAUUCAGAACAGGAUGAUGAAGAGCCCUUUGAUACUGAUUCCCCCUAUGAAGAUGCUCAUUUUCCUUUGGAGAUGGAAUGUGCCGGAGAAGAGGAAAGUGCUCGAGAACUGUAUGACCUCGCAGAAAAAGAAAACGACGAUGAGCACUUCGAAGUGAAUUGCCCAAAGGUAGCAACACAAAAUUCCGAACAUUUGGGAUAUGUUGAAGAGCCUGAAAAGGUAUUUGACAUAAUCGAGGAAUAUCCUGAUGAUCCGUUUCCAACACUCCGGCGAAAAGGACCAUGUUGCUGUAAAUGUUUCAAGUUUUUUGCUACCAAAUCUGACUUGGCCGAUCACCAAACUCAAAGUCACGCAGCUUCAACUGGUAGUGGAAAAUUAUCUUGUGAUGUUUGUCUAACACUUCAUGCCAAUCAACAAGCAUUGAAUCAGCAUAGAAAGAGUCUGGAUACUUUCGUGUACGACUUUUGUAGAUCUUGUCAGAUAGUUUUCGAAUCGCCGAGAUUGUUUCGACAGCAUAAGUUGAUGUAUCACAUGGAUUUAGAAGCAAUCAAGGAUGCGGAAUCAAAUUUUGAAACGGAGAUUGUCGUUUAUUACGACUGCUGUGUGCUCCGUUGCUACAACCGCUAUUCAUCGGAAGAACACCUGCAGAAGCACCUUAAUGUGGCACACAGGCAGGAAGCGGAGCAGAUGCAAGAAAAUACGUGCCAAUACUGCAAGGGUGUAUUUAUAAGUAAAUCAAAUCUGUUGAAUCACUGGAGGAGCGAGAAGGAAAGAUAUGUAUGCCGAAUCGACAGUUGUAGCUACAUGCGUAUGAACAAGAGUACCAUGUGGCAGCACUGUAGUCAAAAACCUCACGUAAAAGCUUACUCGGAAACGAAAGUCCUUGUACCGGACAUGAAGCAUUUUACCGUAAUUGGUGAAUUAGACAGUAAUACGGAUAUUUUACUGCGCAAAUGUCUAGUUUGCUGUAGUUGCUUCCUCUGUUUCGAAACCAAAGAGGCAUUGGCAGCACAUAGCGAACUACAUAGGGUUGAAGACGGUCAACCCUUUCAAUGUCAAAUAUGUAGGCGGGGUUUUACAAAAGUGGGUCUUAGUCAACAUAGCAGAUUCCAGGAAAUACCCACCCAUUAUUAUUGCCGGACCUGUAAAACGUUUCUGUGGCGAAAACUCGACUAUGCUUACCACAAAGUUGCGAAUCAUCUCUACGAUGAUGAUUUGAGCGAUAAAAUCGAAACCGUGGAAGAUCAUUCCUUCACAUGUUGCGGCUGCUGGAAAGUGUUCCAAACGGAAGAUGAACUUUUAGAGCAUCGCCAGAAAAAUCACCCACCAGUACCUUCGAAUGUUUUUACUAAAUCGAUGAUGUAUCCAAAAUGCGAUUAUUGCCAUCAGUUCAAAGGGAGCAUGGAAUUGCUAGAGCAGCACAUUACCAUCUAUGAAAGUAGAACUACUCACAGCUGCAAGGUGUUCGGGUGUGUUUUUCAAACAAAGGAUAUGGAUCACAUGAGACGGCACAUUAUCCACGGGACCCACAAGGACCCGGCAGGUGCCAUCAUUGGAAUCAAGAGCACGGGUCCAGAUAAUUACCGCUGCUGUGUUCCCCGAUGUGAUUUUCGCUGCUUUGAUUACGACGCGAUGAUCGAGCAUGGCAAGGAGGCACAUGUCGAUAGACGCGAGCAUAUGUCAAUUUGCCACAGCGACAGCCAGUUCACAUGCCCAGUGUGCUGCAAAGGAUUCGACCAGCAAAUUUCCUUGUACCGUCACAAACAUGACAAGAAGAAACUCCGCUGUCGAGGUUGCCAGAAGCACUUCCAUCGAGACAUGUACUUUGCACAUGUAGCACAAUGUACCGAGAUCUUGAAAUGUUAUAUAUGUGACAAAGUGAUGAAUUCGAAGGAUACCCUGCAAAACCACCUAAGUGCUAUUCAUUCUGUGAGACAAAAAGCUGACGCUGAAAAUAACUUGCACGUUUGCAGUAUUUGUGGGAAACAAGUGAAGAAGAUUAAGCAACACUUGAAGAGACAUACAAACAAGCGAAACUGGGAGUGUUCAACUUGCGGGGCGCGUUUCAAAGACCGUGCAAUACUGAAUAAUCAUGAGCGGACGCACACCAAUGAGCGAAACUUCCCCUGUCGACAGGGUUGCGACAAGCGUUAUAAGGGUCAGGGCGAUCGAGACAGACACGAGAAAUCGGUCCAUCUAGGGAUCAAACCCUUUGUUUGUGUACUUUGCAAGGAAUCGUUCGUGCGCGAUCGGGAUCUACGGCUGCACAAAAGGAAACAUACUGGCUUAAAGCUGUAUCCUUGCACUUAUUGUUCGGCCAGUUUCGACAAGUUAAGUGAAUUCGAGGAACACUGCACGCAUCACGGGACCGCGGAUUGAGUAGAAGUUUUGGAAUUCAGAGGUAAGUGGCAUUAUG